AGCUCCCUUUCCCCUUUUCUCUACCUCUCCUAGGUUCUUGGGAGUACGGCGGAGCUUCCGGACCUGAUGCGGGCGCCCGGUCGUGGACUGUCCCACCCUGUUCCUCUACUGCUCGGGGUGCUCCGCGCCCAGACUGGUAUCCGGGGACUGUGACUUGCAGGGUCCACCAUGGAACCAGAGCAGAUGCUGGAGGGACAGACGCAGGUUGCAGAAAAUCCCCACUCUGAGUACGGUCUCACAGACAACGUCGAGAGGAUAGUAGAAAAUGAGAAAAUUAAUGCAGAAAAGUCAUCAAAACAGAAAGUGGAUCUCCAGUCUUUGCCAACUCGUGCCUAUCUGGAUCAGACAGUUGUGCCUAUCUUAUUACAAGGACUUGCUGUGCUUGCAAAGGAAAGACCACCAAAUCCCAUUGAAUUUCUAGCAUCCUAUCUUUUAAAAAACAAGGCACAGUUUGAAGAUCGAAACUGACUUAUUGGGAAGAACAGAAAAAUUUGGUUUCCACUGUAGAUUUACAUGAUUAAGAGGCAACUUUAAUUGCCAUGAUUUCCCCCCCCAUUUUGGAAGUAUAAGAAUCAUCAGGACAGCAGAACUUAUUUUGGAGUUGCAGAAGAAGACAUAUCUCCCUUAUUGAUUUAAUCACAUACUUAUUUAAUGAGUGUAUUCUGUGCACUUUUUUCUCAGAUUGUCUUUAACUUUGUUUUUUAAAUGACCUUCAAAAUAAACUGUUAAAACAUCAUUA